AUGGUACAGGCGGUGCCGGACACCUCGUCGGUAGCUGGGAAUUCGGCACGCCUAUCGACGACCUCCAGCCAGCUUUCAGCAAAGCCUAAAAAGUCGCGAGAAAUGAACGAAUUUCGAGACGUCGAACGAGGUGUCAAAGUACGCCGUCCCUCCCACAAUAGCCCCCGGCAUGGUGGCCCCAGAGAGACGGUCUGGUCUCCGGAUGAAGAGCGCUUCACUGAGAACGCGACGAAGGAGAGACGCUCUGGUUUGCCCCGGACGCAGCACCUGCCGAAACGUGAUAUACUUCAAAGUGUCGAAAUUGCGGAGGGGCACGUGCCCACCGCCAAUCCCGCUGGUCCGGUCCCGUCCCCGACACGUGCUGGAAGCGGGCGGUCGAGAGAGAGUUCCGACGAGCUGCAAGGGGCAGCAACGGUCUCACAGGCACGGGCGUUUGGCGCUCUUCGUGGCCGCGAUUCCAAGCUGUCCCAGGCAGCCUCCGUUUCGCGAUCAUCGCCAUCCGAUAUCAUACCGACUGUUUUCAUUGGUGAAGGGAAGUCGAAGAAGAAAAACAAAUCCAAAAAGCGGGACGAACUUCCGGUCUUUGAGACCCUUCGUGUUCAACUAGGGUCAUCGGAGCUGCUGCCAGCAGAAGGGGAGUCCGUGCCGCUGCGUCUAGACGGAAAGAGUGGAAAAAUCAUCUUACUUGGCAAAUCCGGUCCUAAGCACUCGGAAACUCUCAUCCAAAGAAUUACAAAGGUCAUUCAAGGGGGUGGGUCCAGCCGCAAGGCCCAGGUGCACUUCCCGGCGACCCAAACAUUAGACGGCAAGGCGGAUAUCGAGUUUAUAUCUCCAGAGGCAAGGCGAGGAUUCUGCGAGGGGCUUGAAAAGAGGGAGAUCCGAGUAGUUGUCAAAGACAGUGACUGGAUGGACAAAGCAUUCAGGACACACAAACGGCAACUAGCCAGUCACGAGCGUCCGACGAACGGGUCCAAGCGAGCUCGUUCCGAAAGCAGUCCAGAACCAGAAGCAAGACCCGAAGGCCCUAGAAGGGCCAAACUGUCAGACCGUCUGCAAGACGAGCGAGGAAAUACUGCCGGACAAAAACCAAACUCUGACACCGCUCGUGGGCGCGCAAGCCGAAAACUUUCGCCUUCUUCUAAACGUCAUGGUACUCGCCGCUCGCCCAGCACCGAUGACCACGGCGUGGACAUACCCGUUAUCAAAUAUACGCCUCAGUCGUCGACGAGAUCAACGAGGUCAAUGGCUCGCCGCAUGCCUCCGACGACUAUCGUUUGUGACGAUGGGGACGAUGAUUACCAUCUCACGCCGAAGUCUGAUGUGAAACAUAAGAAGUGGCAUCGACCCCUUGUUUACCCCCGGUUCGGGAAGAAAAAAGCGGAAGUCGAUGCACAAGACCUGGAGCGGCUACGUGCCUACGAGUUCUUGAAUGACAACCUCAUCGGAUUCUACAUCCGCUUUCUUGAGGACCACCUAGAUCGGUGUAACAAGGAGGUAGCGAAGCGGGUCUACUUUUUCAACUCCUACUUUUUUGCAACCCUCACCAACGCGCCUGGCCGCAAGCGCGGGAUCAAUUAUGAGGGCGUGGAGAAAUGGACUAGGAAUGUGGACUUGUUUGGUUACGACUAUGUGGUUGUGCCUAUCAAUGAGAAUGCGCACUGGUAUCUUACGAUCAUAUGCAACCUGCCUAGUCUGAAGAGCUCCAUGGGGGAGGUGGACACGAAAUCGGAACCAGACAGCAAAGUGUCUCCUGCCGGCGGGAAAGAUGUCCAGGAAAUUCCAGAGACGCAAGAUACUGAGGGUACCUCGAGCAAGGACCAAAAUAGUAGUCAAGUUGUCGACUCGGAAUCAUCGCAAGAAGAAUCAGCCAGGGAAUCUUUUGCGUCCAUGAAUCUGGAUAGUGAUUCGAAACCCAAGGACGUGGCUAGCGAAGAGUGGCCGGAAGAUGAGGAGAACCCCAGUCUUACCCGGACGAGUUUUUCCAGCCCUGCCGACAGACAGACUCCGCAGGAUGAUCCGAAACAGGGCUCCAAAACGGCGCGUCAGUCACGGAAGAAAAAGAACCCUCGACCAUCAAGCGCGAAGUCAAGCAGCAAAAACAGCACCCAAAGACCCUGCAUCAUCACCUUCGACUCGCUAGACAUGUCCCGUCCAUCAACAGUCCGCUUCCUUAAAGACUACCUCUCCCAAGAAGCCCAGUCCAAGAAAGGCGUCGAGAUCAACACCAGCCUCAUCAAAGGCAUGAAAGCAGGCCACAGACACAUCCCUCUGCAGCCGAACUUCUCCGACUGCGGCCUGUACCUCCUGGCCUACCUGGAGAAGUUCGUCCAGGACCCGGACUCGUUCGUCAAGAAGCUCCUCGCGAAUGAAAUGCGCGUGAAGGAGGAUUGGCCGCCGCUAAGAUCGGGGCUCCUGCGCACUCGACUGCGUGGCUUUCUGGAUAGGUUGUAUGAUGAGCAGAUGCAGCUUAGUCGGGAGACGGCUGGCGAGAAGAUCACGAUGGCGGAUAAACAGCCUGUGGAUUAUCUUCUGGGUGUGCCUGAGUUUUCUAAGCAGGAGGAGAGUGCGACUCCGCGUCAGUCGUCUCCUGAGUCUGAACCUGAGUCUGACGGUGUCAAGAAACGCGACAAGAAGGAUGGUGCAGACAGCCCCGCUCCAGAAAAACAGCCAACAGAGCCCAAGGAUACAAAGCAGGCAGCAGCAACAACCAGGCAACCAUCUCGGAGCCCAAACCCUCAGCCCCAGCCAACUGAUCCUCGACAACCAGCCCAGCACGAAAUUGUCGAAGUCCCAGAUAGUCAAGAGCCAAUCCAUGCUCCGCAUCCAACCCCGCCGAGGGUCGUCAUCAAACGGCCAGGUAAACCAGCGGACACGGUGACCGACGACCACGACGCCAUCUCCAUCGUCGAACGACCCAAGACAGUGGCAGACACAGACACACAUGCACAGAGAGCCACAACCCCAGAAGCAGCCCCUACAAGACAAACCCUAGAAGUGCAGGUCCCAGGCACGCCUCCGAAGAAGUCAUCUUCUCCCAGUCGAGAAAGGGUUAGGAGAAGCCCACACUGA